AGUGAACAGCAUUCAGUUGUCGGAGAGGAGACCGCAGCAGUGUGUGCGCUAUAAGGAGCAGAUAUCACGGAGAGAGAGAGAGAGAGAGAAAGUCAGACAACAGUGGCUGUUUGUGAAUAGGCAUAAUUAGAAAAAGCUCAUGACAAAAUGCAUCGAUUACGUGCAUGAUACGGAUUAUGAUGUUUUAAAAUUGAUAUAUGCAUUUAGAGUAAUCUCCUCAUCACUUAAAUAGCACUGCGCAUCAUUGGAAUGUGCACUGCUGCCAUAAACGGACGCAUCUGAAGUAGCCCAGAGCUUGUUGAUUUGGCAGUGAAGACAGGGUUUUGGGUGUAAUCAGACCUGCAUUAACCAUCACAAAGAUGGUCCACGGUUGACGGGACUACUAAAAGACCAUUUUUUUUCUCCCAAAGCCUUAUACAUUUUGGGGACUUUCCUUGGACUAAUGGUAAUGGGAAUUGACGCGUUAAAUAAAAAAGGAUAAGAUUUUUUCCAAAGUACACUUGUUCUUUGGCGAUGAUUGUGCUAUUCCUUCUUCUGUGUAUUACAAAUGGAGUGGUCUCACAGAUACGCUACUCUGUGCCAGAGGAGGCGGAUCACGGCACGUUCGUAGGGAAUAUCGCCGAGGACCUUGGACUGGACAUGACCAAAAUCGCCUCGCGGCGCUUCCAGGUGGUGCCUAGCUCGCGGACGCCGUACCUGGAAGUGAACAUGGAGAACGGGAUUCUGUUCGUCAACGAAAGAAUUGACCGGGAGCAGAUCUGCAAGCAGAGUGCCAGCUGCCUAUUACACCUUGAAGUGUUUCUGGAGAACCCACUCGAGCUGUUCCGCGUGGAGAUAGAGGUCGUGGAUAUCAAUGACAAUCCGCCCAGCUUCCCCGAGACCGACAUCACCGUGGAGAUUUCAGAGAGCGCUACCCCCGGUACCCGGUUCCCUCUUGAGAGUGCAUUCGAUCCGGACGUGGGCUCCAACGCGCUGCGCACAUACGACAUCACCACCAAUAACUACUUCUACCUGGAUGUGCAGACGCAGACCGACGGGAACAAAUUCGCAGAGCUGGUGCUGGAGAAGCCGCUGGACAGGGAGCAGCAGGCGGCCCACAGGUACGUGCUAACUGCGGUAGACGGGGGGCAGCCUCCACGGACAGGCACUGCUCUGCUGGUGGUCAAAGUGCUGGAUUCUAACGACAACGUGCCCGUGUUUGACCAGCCGGUGUAUUCGGUGAGCCUUCAGGAGAACGCACCGGUGGGGACCCUCGUUAUCCAACUGAACGCCACCGACUUGGACGAGGGGCAGAACGGGGAGAUAGUGUAUUCAUUCAGUAACCACAUCUCCAGCCGCGUCAAGGAUCUGUUCGCCAUAGACGCGCGCACUGGACGAAUCGAGGUGUGCGGCGAGGUGGAUUUUGAAGAGAGCAGCUUAUAUCAAAUAUUCGUUCAGGCGAAAGAUCUUGGACCCAAUGCCGUGGCUGCACACUGUAAAGUUCUGGUGAAAGUGACAGACGUAAAUGAUAAUGCUCCUGAUAUCACCUUUAGCACCGUGACUGAGUCGGUGAGCGAGAGGGCAGCCACAGGAACCGUUAUAGCCCUGCUGAGCGUGACGGACAAAGAUGCCGAGGAAAACGGAAAGAUUCAUGUUGAAAUCCUCGGUGAUGUCCCGUUCAAACUCAAACCCUCCUUUAGGAACUAUUUCACCAUUGUAACAGACGGACCUCUAAAUAGGGAGAAUGCUGACUCUUAUUCAGUGACUGUAGUUGCCAAGGAUACAGGGAGCCCUUCCCUCGCAACCAGUAAAUCAAUCAAAGUGCAAGUGUCGGAUGAAAAUGACAAUGCCCCAACGUUUACGCAGCCCAUAUAUGAUGUGUAUGUGACUGAAAAUAAUGUGCCAGGAGCUUAUAUCCACGCUGUGACAGCUUUGGACCCAGACGUUGGACAGAACGCUCUAAUUAGUUACUCCAUAAUGGAUUGUGAUAUUCAGGGUAUGUCUGUGAAAACAUAUGUGUCAAUCAACGAGGAAACGGGCUACCUUUACGCACUCAGAUCAUUCGAUUACGAGCAGCUUAAAGACUUCACUUUCACGGUUCAGGCGAAAGAUGCAGGUAGCCCCGAGCUCUCCUCGAACGCCACGGUCAAAGUGAUCAUCGUAGACCAGAAUGACAACCCUCCCUCAGUCAUUGCUCCUCUGGGUAAAAAUGGCACUGCGAGAGAGCCGCUGCCCCGCUCCGCUGAGCCUGGCUACCUGGUGACCCGUAUCGUCGCCAUGGACGCAGAUGACGGCGAGAACGCACGGCUCUCCUACAGCAUCCAGCGGGGGAACGAGAACGGCAUGUUCCGCAUGGACUGGAGGACCGGAGAAUUGCGCACUGCCCGGCGCGUCUCCACCAAGCGGGACCCAAACCAGAUGUAUGACCUGUUGAUAGAGGUGAGGGACCACGGCCAGCCACCCCUCUCCUCCACCGCCAGUGUGUUCGUGGUGCUGGUGGACAGCGUGGUGGAGGACCACCGGGAGAGGGGCACCGCCAAGUCCAAGGAGACAUCGCUGGACCUCACCCUCAUCCUCAUCAUCGCCCUGGGCUCCGUCUCCUUCAUCUUCCUCCUGGCUAUGAUCGUGCUGGCCGUGCGCUGCCAGAAGGACAAAAAGCUAAACAUCUACACGUGCCUCACCAGUGAUUGCUGCCUCGGGUGCGCCACAUGCUGCAGCAGGCAUGCGCGAGCCCGCAAGAAAAAGCUCAGCAAGUCCGAUAUAAUGCUGGUGCAGAGCGCCAACGUCACCGGGGCCGGUACAGCCCAGGUGCCAGUGGAAGAGUCCGGGAGCUUCGGCUCUCACCACCAAAAUCAGAACUAUUGCUACCAGGUAUGUCUGACUCCGGAGUCGGCCAAAACCGACCUCAUGUUCCUAAAGCCGUGUAGCCCAUCUAGGAGCACAGACACGGAACACAACCCGUGCGGGGCCAUAGUGACAGGGUACACUGACCAGCAACCCGACAUCAUAUCAAACGGCAGCAUUUUAUCAAGCGAGACCAAACAUCAGCGAGCCGAACUCAGUUACCUGGUGGACAGACCUCGGCGUGUGAACAGUUCGGCUUUCCAAGAAGCGGAUCUCGUUAGCUCUAAAGACAGUGGUCACGGUGACAGCGAACAGGGCGACAGUGACCAUGACGCCACCAAUCGAGGUCACUCUACGGGCGCUGAUCUCUUCUCUAACUGCACAGAGGAGUGCAAGGCUCUGGGCCACUCCGACCGCUGCUGGAUGCCCUCCUUCGUGCCCUCCGAUGGGCGCCAGGCGGCAGACUACCGCAGCAACCUGCACGUGCCAGGCAUGGACUCUGUGCCCGACACUGAGGUAUUUGAAAGCCAAGAGCAAACGGGCGAUAAGUCAUUCUCCACCUUUGGCAAAGAGACGCCCCUCAGCCUCCUCUACCAAAACCACUACCAAAACCACCACAAAAACCACCUCCACCUCAGCCACCACCAUGCCACCCACGCCAACCAAGCCACGCUAGAGAGGAAAGAGUUUGAGGCGCUUCUGUCUAGCACGCGAGCGCCUUACAAACCUGCCUAUUUGACGAGGAAAAGGGUUUGCUAGCUCCUUUCGCGUGGACAUACCAGAGACCGCAUGACUUUGCGCAAUCAGUCAAAACGACAAAAACUAAAUAGAGCAUCAAGUUCCAUUUCCUUAGCUGUACCACGUCUGACUGACAUUCCUCCUACGGAACACGGAACUCUGUGGACAACAUUCCCUCCGGAAUUCUUUUGGAACACUGCCGGCCUUGGAUUUUACUAUCUAUGGGACUCUGGAGGGGUUGGAAGUGGUGGGGACGGACAGAGAGACACGGUUAGGAGAAGGACAGGCAGACAGCUCUACACGAGGACCCCACCGCUCUCAGCAGGACUGAGACAGAGUUGAAAACAGAACUAAUAGAGGGGGAGGAGAACGAGGGAGAAGGAGGAGGAGAACAAGGGAGGAGGAGAACGAGA